AUGCCGCUGCACGGCACUUUGUCGACGCGCCCUCGCCGCCCAGGGGGCCGCGCGGACCCAACACGGGCGGAGCAGAAGAAUGAGAAGGAGACGGGGGUGGAGGAGGAGGGGGAAUUCUUUCUGAAGUUCUUCCUUAAGUGCAACCAGAACUGUCUGAAAAAUGCGGGGAACCCCAGAGACAUGCGACGGUUUCAGGUGGUGGUGUCCACUACGGUCAACGUUGAUGGCCAUGUCCUCGCCGUGUCAGACAACAUGUUUGUCCACAACAACUCCAAACAUGGCCGCCGCGCUCGACGCCUAGACCCGUCCGAAGCGGCGACGCCCUGCAUCAAAGCCAUCAGCCCCAGCGAGGGCUGGACCACUGGGGGGGCCACCGUCAUCAUCAUCGGGGACAACUUCUUCGACGGGCUCCAGGUGGUCUUCGGCACGAUGCUGGUCUGGAGCGAGUUGAUCACACCUCAUGCCAUCCGGGUGCAGACCCCUCCCCGGCACAUCCCCGGCGUGGUGGAGGUCACACUGUCCUACAAAUCCAAACAGUUCUGCAAAGGAGCCCCUGGCCGCUUCGUCUACACAGGCUUCAUUGAUCCAGGCAUUACCAGCUGUGAGGCCAUCGACGCGGCCCUGAUGGCCACCGCCCCUCGUGGUAGCUCUCAGGGAUGCGAGGCUGUCACCACACCGCCCCCCCCGCCCCUCCACUGGCUCCGGUCUCUGCACCUCUGCUUCACACCUGCUUCUCCUGCUCCCCCGCAACCUUGUCCCCCCCCACACCCCCCGCACCCCCCGCACCCCAUCAAGGGGAACAGAAGGACCCAGCAGAAACUGGGACUUUAUUAG